UCAACGAAAAUAUUGCUCUUUUAGUGCAUCAUGCCACCGUUAUGCAUCUCAAAAGAUGCAGGGAAGCUGUAUGAUUCCUUAGUGACCAAAACCUCCCCUAAAGAGAGGAUGAUUAUUGAAAGUUGUUUAGACGCUGGAGACCGCGGAUUCUUAGGAACGAGUUUGGCAAACACAAUUCAAGCUGAGGCGAUACCGGCCAUUCACCAGUGGCUUAAAUCUCAGAACUUACCAGGUAAUCGCUCGUUUUCCUGUACUGGGCACCAUAACUAUUACCCUCUAUCUGAAGUAAUUACUGUCUGUCCGUCCAUUUUAGAUCGUGAUGUUGCAGUCAAGUUUUUAAGCAAUCUGAGCAAAACCACAACUUCCAGUCAAGAUCAUCAAGAGUUCAGUAAAAAAUCCUGCCGACUGCCUCCUACAAUUUGCAAGAACAGCUCAGCGGAGAUUUCUAAGUCUGGCCGAGAUGCUAUCAUUGAUCAAGUUCGCCAGAUGCUGCCAAAAGACGUUCGCGUCAGAGAACGACGCCGGCCUGCUAAAUGCGCUCCACCAAGAGGCAAAAAGCCUGAAAAAUUAAGAUUUCCAUUGUGUCCCCCUCGAGGCUGCGUUGUCAAUAAAGGGGCACUCUUCAUGCAACCGCACCGCUGUCUGCCGGGACAUUUCGAAAUCCAUCCAGAAUUCCAAAUGACUGUCAAAUGAUAGUCGCUCCGCUGCUUUUCUUAGUCCCACUAGGACCUAUGAAGAAUUUGAUUUUAAACAUGUGGGAUUUAGAUAUUUACUGUAAGGAUGUCACUCUGUGAUUAUAUGUUCUCCAGUUACACCUAUUAUAAAAAACAUAGAUCCAUAAUUAUAUACUUUAAAUGCACAUUUUGAACUGUGAUAACGCACUCCAUUUCCUUUCCGUGAAUCUGUCUUUUUUCCUUUCCUCUAGCUUUCUGUUUCUGUGACCGGUCACAUCAAUAUGCCAAGGUUUUUUCCCUAAGUUAUCUUGCGCGCAGUACGCGUUUAGCACAUUUCUGUAGAGAUAUCUUUAGUUUGUCAUAUAGCAGGGGGCAGUGUGAAACAACGAUUACCUUUUAAAAGAACAUAAAUCUUUGUCAAGCCCAAGAUAUACUUACAACUCCUACUAUAGACAACUUUAUGGGAAAAAUCCAGCCUCUGGCUGACACACGCACUGUCUCAGUUCCACCAAUUGUGAUAUAAAUAAACUACUAGACUAGUUUUUGUUUGUGGUUAUAUCGGGUCAGUAGUGUCCCGCUAUUCCAGACUACUCCAGUGAAACAUGAUUUUCUUUAAAAGUAAAUAAACACAAAC